GCCACCUGGAUGGUGGCCAAGCCCCAACUAUGAAGGGAAGAAUCCAGUAUACCGGCCACCGAAGUCUGCGGCAACAACUCCUACGGGCACUUCUGCACCUUCUCCACCUGCUUGGCAGGCCCCCACCCACGAUCCGUGGACUGGUCUUGUGCAGGCAUGGCCAAUGCCUUGGAAUUCUGCCCACCUCCGGCAUGGACACUGGCGCCACCACCUGCUUGGACUACGGCUCCGCGCCCACACACUGGCUCUCCCGGUCUACUUGGCUCAAGGCCACCGGCGCAUGCAUUUCACGCCUACACCAACGGCGCCCCGUACCAGUCGCCGUACCCGAUGCAGCCUACGCCGUACCUGAUGCAGCCUCUGCCAUACCAGUACCAGCAGGCUGCAACACCACCAGACGUGCCCGCAACUACCACAGUUCCACUGUACCAAGCUGCAGCCGCACCAGGAGCGUCCACGACUACUUCCACGUCCACUCCUGCACCAAAUUGGGAUCAAGGCGCCUUCAUUGCUGCCAUGACCAAUUUCGCCGCUCAGGGAGAAGGAUUUUCAAACCAAGAAGGAGAUCGCCAGAUUCAAUUGCUCUGGUAGUCUCUACACGUUGUCUUCUGCACCAACAGCCACAGCUCCCUCAGCCUAUCUUGCCUCCGUCGACACAUGGCAUCGGCGGCUAGGACAUCCAAACCAAGCCAUCCUAUCUUCUUCACUUCAGGAUUUUCAGAUUCCAUGUAAUAGGGAGUCACAUCGUUCUAGUUUGUGUGAAGCUUGUCAAACAGGAAAGCAUGUUCGCCUUCCUUUCAGUGAUUCUGUUACUCGUAGUACUGAACCUUUUGCUUUAUUACAUUGUGAUGUUUGGACCUCCCCUACCAUCAGUG